AUGUGCCGUCACCGCACACGGUAUCUGUUGCAGAGCAUUGCCUUGCACCGUUCUUUUCAUGCUCAAAAGCAAAGCCAUACGGAUCACAGCAGGGCUUACAGGCCGCCUGCUGACAUGGGCGAGGACGCCAUGGACACGGCCGAGGGCGGCAAAGAUGCGCCAGCUGAAGCAGCACCAGCCGAAGAGACGGCUGGAGAGGCCAAAGAUGCUGCUGACAUGGAAGGGCAGGACGAGGAUGCCCCGGGUGACGCACCACCUGCCGAGACUGCAGAGGGUGAUGGCGACGGGCCGAAGGACGAGGAAGACCAAGCCAUGGAGCCAAACGAAGAGAAUGGAAUGGAGGAAGCAGUGAAGAAAGAAGGCGACGGAGAUGCCGAAGCUGAAGGCGAAGAGGGCAAAGACGAUGUCAAGGAAGAAGAGGACGAAGGCAACGUAGAGAAAGUUGACAAGCUCAGCAUGUCCUUGGACGACUUGAUUGAUGCCGACCGUCGUGCGACGAAGGGCGGCGGUAAAGGCCGCUGGGGCAACGGCGGAAGACAGGGCAACUGGAAGUCAAGUUGGUCCAAAGACGACAACUGGAAGGACAAGAGCGACUCACAGGAUUGGAAGAGUGCGUCCAAGACCGACGACUGGAAGGACAGCAACUGGAAGAAGAAGGACGACUGGAAGGACUCCGAUAAGUGGGGCUCGGGAUCCAAAGCUGCGGAUUGGAAGAAGGACGGAAAUGACUGGUCAAGCGAUUGGAAGAAGGGCAGCGAUUCUUAUGGCGGUGGAGGUGGGAAGUCGUACAGUUGGGCCGGAUCCGGAGGCAAAACGUGGGACAAAACUUCCUCGUAUGACAAGUCCUACGACAGCAAGUCGUACGACAAGUCUUACGACAAGUAUGACAAGUCGUACGACAAGUCAUACGACAAGUACGACAAGUCUUAUGGCACGUCUUACGACAAGUCGUAUGACAAGUCCUACGACAAAUCCUACGACAAGGGCGGCUACGGCGGAGGGAAAUACGACAAGUACGAUGACAAGUACGGAAAAAGCUAUGACCAGGGGGGAAAAUCCUCCUAUGGUGGAAGGGGCGAUGACGAUAGAUACGGCCGGGGUGGCGGAUAUGGGGGCAAGGACUAUGACGAUUAUGGCCGUGGUGGUGACCGUCGAGGAGACCCAGAGCCACGCGACCGAGAUCGCAGAAGGAAUGAUGAUCCGCCAGCGGAUGACGACAGAGGCCGAGGCCCUCCUCCCAGGGGCUGCACUAUCGUAGUGUCGAACUUGCAGGGCCUUCGGAUCAACCGCCGGGACCUCGAAGCGGCCUUUAAUCCCGUCGGCCGGGUCAUGAGUGCCUCGGUGGGUGGCGACGUGGCCACCAUCACCUUUAGAGAGCCGCGACAUGCGUCGGACGCAGUGCGCCGCUUCCACGGUGGCCAGUUGAAUGACCGGACCAUCGAUGUUUACCUUGAGGGCGAGGAACCUCCUAGGAGACGGACUUCAGAUGCCCGAGGAGCCCCUCCGCCCGCCUCGGGUGCCAGCCGGAGAAGUAGAAGCCCCAGGCCAACUGGUGGAGGAGGAUACAGAGAUGCCCCUCCGCGCAGUGGAGCUGCCAAUGCUUCUUCUCGUCGUACAGACCCUCCUUCCCGUACGAGGACGGAAGGCAAUGGAAACCGCGGAGCCGCGCGGGAUCCGCUGCUUGGCAUAGUUUCGCACGUUUGCCUAGACUCAGCGCAUGCCGCCUGCGAGCCACAGGCCUCGUCGAUCCAGCGGAUCGCCGUCCGCGACGUCGAACACCGUCCCCUCCAAGGCUGUAUCCAACAGCUAGACGAGAAGAAAAGUGUGGCGGACAGGGGCAGCCAACAGGAUGAGGGAGAUGGCGAGCUAGCCGUUGCGGAAUCUGCGACGAACCCGGCAACAAAGCGAGGGCGACUUUCUGGUGCCGCUGCUACAGGUCCGGAGCAUGUCACGUACCGGUUGCAGGGAGGACUGCGGCAUGUGGAGCCAUACGACUUUGACUUCACAACACAUGUCAAGCAGCGUUGGAUAGGCAGGACGCUGCUCGAGGUGUGCGCUUGCGAGUUUGUGGCUUUUCCGCGAGACUACUACGAGGCUUCCAUUGAGGCUGGGCGAGUCACCGUGGAUGGGAAGGCAGUGAAGUCCGGACAUGUCCUCCGCGAUGGCCAGCGCAUUGUGCACCGUGCCGUGCGCUGUCGCGAGAACCCAGUCCUCGAUCGUGGCCCGAUCAAGGUGGUGGAAGAGACGAAGGCACUUCUCGUCGUGAGCAAGCCCAGCUCUCUCCCUAUCCACCCUUGUGGGAGCUACCGCUUUAACUCCCUGAUCGCCAUUUUGCGCAACCAGGGCACUGUGGAGGCAGAUGCAGCUUUGCACACGACCCACCGUUUGGAUCGCUUGACGAGUGGUCUCGUCUUGUUGGCCAAGACCAAAGAAGCAGCUCGGAGAGUUGGCACUUGGUUUGCUGCCAACCAGAUACGGAAGACCUACCUCGCUCGGGUGCGCGGCUGCUUCGAGCAACUCCUGAAAGGCGACUUGCCUGUUGGAGCUACCCGCAGGGAUGAGCGCAUCCAUGUGGCGGGUUACAUCCGCUGCAUUGAUCGCAAGGUCGGUAAGUACGAGUUCUCCGGCGAGGCGCCUCUGCCGGGCGAAGACGCCAAGGAUGCCGCCACGGAGUUCGAGUUCGUAGGGAUGGCCUCUGAGGAUGAAUCCAUCGUCCGUUGCUAUCCAGCAACGGGAAGGACGCAUCAGAUCAGAGUUCAUUUGCUUCAUCUUGGAUUUCCCAUCGCGAAUGAUAGCUGCUAUGGCGGUGAGCUUCGAAACGACUCCACCUUGCCGUUGAUUCCGCACAUUCGACAGGAGGCCAACGAGAGCUCUCGCUCCGGUGAGGAGGCUACGAUGCAUCCGAGUGGCAUCUUUCUCCAUGCCCUGACUUAUGCGCUGCCAGAUGGCGUUGCAUUCACCUCCCAGGCACCGGACUGGGCGACGGCCCGGGCGAGGACCGUCUGA